UGGAGUGGGCACUGGUCGUCGUGGCUCGAUUCGGUCGAGGCUGCGGGAGACAAGAAUAAUAAUGCAUGGGCGGGAUGUCCGCGUGUUUUUGCUCAGUGCUCUCGGUGUUCUCAGCUCGUACGCGCACACUUGCAGUUGACUUGCGCUUUUGAGCGCAUCUCACAAAUACCUGGUCAGGAUGCUUUGCACCAGACCUCUCAAGGCUUCCAUAUUCAUACUCGGGAGUUCCCAAGCUGUCGGGGUAAGCGUCAAUGGCGUGGGCACGGUGAGAAUGAGGAGCCGCGACGUUGAAUGGCUAAAGGGUGUCAGCGUAGAUGGUGACAAUGAGUGCAGCGUGGAAGAUGAAUGUAUUGUCGGAUCCGGCUUGGGCAAGUGCACGGUGAUGGUGGACCCCGCCAAGACGAUUCCGUUGGGCAGCACUGACGCGGGGUAUCAUUCCGAGUUUCUCUUCAACAGCACCACGGUGUCGCAGGGCGAAUCUUCCCAGUACCCCACGCCAAUAUCCGACAUUACCAUCGCAGGUCAUUCGCACAUGUCGCAUUGGAACCUUUGCUGGAAGUCUAGCAUCGAUCGCAACGCCUUGCGGGAAAAAAGUGUGGAGGACUAUUGUUACCACGUGAACGGUAUCUGUUUCCUUUGGGCCUCUCCGUGCUCUGGCGGAUGUUCCAAACUUGAGGACCUCACAUCGUACUCGUCCUUCUGCCCUAGGCUGCGCUACGCCACGUCAGAGGAGUUUACGUCUGCGUUGCCUGCUCUGAAUGCAGGCCGAGAUGAGUUCUACAAGAAAUGCGCAGCAAGCCGACUGGACCCACGGUGGAACCAUUGCGAUUAUGGCAAUAAUUUCGGGCGGGUGGAGGAUAAUUCAUGGAACGACUUGGUUCUGGUUUGUGAUAGUUCUGCAACCCUUGGCGCGACUUCCGGCCAGGAACAGGUGCAGACUACCACGUCAGAGCGCGUUUCUGCACCCGCCAUCGCGAAGUCCAACCAGGGCCAGGUGCGCGCGAAGCCCACCGAAGCAGAGUUCCGCACCCCCUUGAACGGUACAGAUUCUGGCGCCGAAGCCCGGGCGGUUGCCGGGGGAGCCGGGGCAGACGGAGCCGCAGCUGCCAUUGGCGAUCCCCAUUUACAAAAUAUUCAUGGAGAGCGGUUCGAUUUGAUGAGGCCUGGCAAGCACGUUCUGAUCCACAUCCCUCGGGGAGGGUCUGUCGAGAACACGAUGUUCCGUGUAGAUGCCGAGGCGAGCCGAUUGGGUGACGAAUGCACAGACAUGUACUUCCAAGAGAUCAACAUCACAGGACAGUGGGUGGAGGCGAGACUGGCUGGCGGUCUUCGUUUCGAAGCUCAGGGUGGGGUCGACGAGUCGCCGAGCUGGUUGCAGUUUGGAAAGGUGCAGGUGAAGGUUGCCCACGGGCGGACCCGGCAGGGCAUCCAGUACUUGAACUUCUACGUCAAGCACCUCGGGCACGUCGGAUUCGCUGUCGGGGGGCUGCUGGGGGAAGAUGAUCACGGUGAGGCAGCGAUGCCUUCGAAGGAGUGCGUACACCGCAUGUCCCUUUUCUCACUGCCUUCAGCAUACUUCCCGUCUUCCCUCGUUUCCUUGCCUUCGCGCGAAGAUAUUUAGGCAUACUUCGCACUGUUGCACUCGCUGUGCAGCGAGAACGAGCCUGAACCUGGGACGGCUCCUUCUGAUUUGAAACAUGUGUUCGUACGGUCACGGCGUCGGAUAUCCAUCGUGGUCUGCCCAAGAUCUUUAGCGAUUAUCGCAUCAUUCCCCGACUUGCGUUUGCGUCCACGUGGUUCCUACCCUGUUUCCAUAGAGCAGCUGGCCGGGUCUGCCGGACGUGCGCCUGGUUGGCGUCCCUUGGGUGUCUCAUAGGAGCCAUAUGAGCGUUGGCGACAAACAUCAAGUUUUGGCUCGCCAUUUGGAGUUCUCCCCAGCCCUGUGCUGUGGCCUCCUGCGCGCUCGAUGUACAUAUUGCCGUGGGCCGUGACUUUGGCAGCGUGCUUAUAUGUAGCCGCCUCCCCCGUCCUCCACCAACCCUGCGGUUAGCGCGAAUCUAAAUACGUAAGAAUCUCGGGUUCGACCUCGGGCGCCCCA